AGUCCGGUGUGCUCUGAUUGGCCCAGGCUCUUUGACGUCACGAAGUCGACCUUUGACAGAGCCAAUAGGCGAAAAGGAGAGACGGGAAGUAUUUUUGCCGCCCCGCCCGGAAAGGGCGGAGCACAACGUCAAAAGCAGGCAAUGGGAGCUCAGGAGGCGGAGCGCCUGUGGGAGCCCUGGAGGGAACUUUCCCAGUCCCCGAGGUGGAUCGGGUGUUGCAUCCAUGGAGCGAGCUGAGAGCUCGAGUACGGAACCUGCUAAGGCCAUCAAACCUAUUGAUCGGAAGUCAGUCCAUCAGAUUUGCUCUGGGCAGGUUGUACUGAGUCUAAGCACUGCGGUGAAGGAGUUAGUAGAAAACAGUCUGGAUGCUGGUGCCACUAAUAUUGAUCUAAAGCUUAAGGACUAUGGAGUGGAUCUUAUUGAAGUUUCAGACAAUGGAUGUGGGGUAGAAGAAGAAAACUUCGAAGGCUUAACUCUGAAACAUCACACAUCUAAGAUUCAAGAGUUUGCCGACCUAACUCAGGUUGAAACUUUUGGCUUUCGGGGGGAAGCUCUGAGCUCACUUUGUGCACUGAGCGAUGUCACCAUUUCUACCUGCCACGCAUCGGCGAAGGUUGGAACUCGACUGGUGUUUGAUCACAAUGGGAAAAUUAUCCAGAAAACCCCCUACCCCCGCCCCAGAGGGACCACAGUCAGCGUGCAGCAGUUAUUUUCUACACUACCUGUGCGCCAUAAGGAAUUUCAAAGGAAUAUUAAGAAGGAGUAUGCCAAAAUGGUCCAGGUCUUACAUGCAUACUGUAUCAUUUCAGCAGGCAUCCGUGUAAGUUGCACCAAUCAGCUUGGGCAAGGAAAACGACAGCCUGUGGUAUGCACAGGUGGAAGCCCCAGCAUAAAGGAAAAUAUCGGCUCUGUGUUUGGGCAGAAGCAGUUGCAAAGCCUCAUUCCUUUUGUUCAGCUGCCCCCUAGUGACUCUGUGUGUGAAGAGUACGGUUUGAGCUGUUCGGAUGCUCUGCAUAAUCUUUUUUACAUCUCAGGUUUCAUUUCACAAUGCACGCAUGGAGUUGGAAGGAGUUCAACAGACAGACAGUUUUUCUUUAUCAACCGGCGGCCUUGUGACCCAGCAAAGGUCUGCAGACUCGUGAAUGAGGUCUACCACAUGUAUAAUCGACACCAGUAUCCAUUUGUUGUUCUUAACAUUUCUGUUGAUUCAGAAUGUGUUGAUAUCAAUGUUACUCCAGAUAAAAGGCAAAUUUUGCUACAAGAGGAAAAGCUUUUGUUGGCAGUUUUAAAGACCUCUUUGAUAGGAAUGUUUGAUAGUGAUGUCAACAAGCUAAAUGUCAGUCAGCAGCCACUGCUGGAUAUUGCAGGUAACUUAAUAAAAAUGCAUGCAGUGGAUUUGGAAAAGCCCGUGGUAGAAAAGCAGGAUCAAUCCCCUUCAUUAAGGACUGGAGAAGAAAAAAGGGACGUGUCCAUUUCCAGACUGCGAGAGGCCUUUUCUCUUCGUCACACAACAGAGAACAAGCCUCACAGCCCAAAGACUCCAGAACCAAGAAGGAGCCCUCUAGGACAGAAAAGGGGUAUGCCGUCUUCUAGCACUUCAGAUGCCAUCUCUGACAGAGGCGUCCUGAGACCUCAGAAAGAGGCAGCGAGUUCCAGUCAGGGACCCAGUGACCCUACGGACAGAGCGGAGGUGGAGAAGGACUCGGGGCACGGCAGCACUUCCGUGGAUUCCGAGGGGUUCAGCAUCCCAGACACGGGCAGUCACUGCAGCAGCGAGUGUGCGGCCAGCUCCCCAGGGGACAGGGGCUCGCAGGAACAUGUGGACUCUCAGGAGAAAGCGCCUGAAACUGACGACUCUUUUUCAGAUGUGGACUGCCAUUCAAACCAGGAAGAUACCGGAUGUAAAUUUCGAGUUUUGCCUCAGCCAACUAAUCUCGCAACCCCAAACACAAAGCGUUUUAAAAAAGAAGAAGUUCUUUCCAGUUCUGACAUUCGUCAAAAGUUAGUAAAUACUCAGGACGUGUCAGCCUCUCAGGUUGAUGUAGCUGUGAAAAUUAAUAAGAAAGUUGUGCCCCUGGACUUUUCUAUGAGUUCUUUAGCUAAACGAAUAAAGCAGUUACAUCAUGAAGCACAGCAAAGUGAAGGGGAACAGAAUUACAGGAAGUUUAGGGCAAAGAUUUGUCCUGGAGAAAAUCAAGCAGCCGAAGAUGAACUAAGAAAAGAGAUAAGUAAAACGAUGUUUGCAGAAAUGGAAAUCAUUGGUCAGUUUAACCUGGGAUUUAUAAUAACCAAACUGAAUGAGGAUAUCUUCAUAGUGGACCAGCAUGCCACGGACGAGAAGUAUAACUUCGAGAUGCUGCAGCAGCACACCGUGCUCCAGGGUCAGAGGCUCAUAGCACCUCAGACUCUCAACUUAACUGCUGUUAAUGAAGCUGUUCUGAUAGAAAAUCUGGAAAUAUUUAGAAAGAAUGGCUUCGAUUUUGUUAUCGAUGAAAAUGCUCCAGUCACCGAAAGGGCUAAACUGAUUUCCUUGCCAACUAGUAAAAACUGGACCUUCGGACCCCAGGAUGUCGAUGAACUGAUCUUCAUGCUGAGCGACAGCCCUGGGGUCAUGUGCCGGCCUUCCCGAGUCAAGCAGAUGUUUGCCUCCAGAGCCUGCCGGAAGUCGGUGAUGAUUGGGACUGCUCUUAACACAAGCGAGAUGAAGAAACUGAUCACCCACAUGGGGGAGAUGGACCACCCCUGGAACUGUCCCCAUGGAAGGCCAACCAUGAGACACAUCGCCAACCUGGGUGUCAUUUCUCAGAACUGACCGUAGUCACUGUAUGGAAUAAUUGGUUUUAUCGCAGAUUUUUAUGUUUUGAAAGACAGAGUCUUGACUAACCUUUUUUGUUUUAAAAUGAACCUGCUACUUAAAAAAAAUACACAUCACACCCAUUUAAAAGUGAUCUUGAGAACCUUUUCAAACCAGAUGGAGCAUUGCUUGCAAAUUUUUUUUUCUCUAUGUUUGCAUGCACUCGUGUGUGUGUGUCCAGGCAAGAACACAUUUUAUAAAAAUAAGAACACUUGGGCUGGGCAUGGUGGCUCAUGCCUGUGAUCGCAGCACUUUGGGAGGCUGAGGCAGGUGGAUCACCUGAGAUCAGAAGUUUGAGACCAGCCUGACCAACAUGGAGAAACCCUGCCUCUACUAAAAAUACAAAAUUAGCCAGGUGGGCUGGCGCAUGCCUGUAAUCCCAGCUACCCAGGAGGCUGAGGCAGGAGAAUCGCUUGAACCCAGGAGACGGAGGUUGCAGUGAACCGAGAUUGCGCCACUGCGCUCCAGCCUGGGUGAUAGAGCAAGACUGUCUCAAAAAAAAAAACAACAAAAAAAGUCCAAACCACUUUGGAAGUUACUCAAGUCUCUGCUCUGGCUGGACAUAGUUUAGUCUAUAACUUUCAACCCUUAACAGUAAUUAAAUUCAUCUUUAUUUAAUUUCGUAAAUUUAAAAGUAGGGUCCUUUUCGGUUAGUGAUUCUCGGCCCUGAUUCACAUUAAAUUUUUAAACAAGGGGGAUUCUCUGCCCGGCUGGAAGAAAAUGACUGGAUGGGACAGGGGUCACUAUUUGAAACAUUCCUCUGUGCGGCCAAGGUCGCAAAGUGCUGUCCUCGCAGGGGAACAAAAAGAGUUUGAUUUCCCAUAAUUUGAUGCUGUGAUUUGGUUUCCUCAGGGUGUGAACUGUAGAACAUUCCAGUUACUGGCCUUGAAUGGUUCUGGGAAUAUAAGAAUCCCUGUCUGUCUUUUCAAAUAGUUUUCAUGGAACCUUGUCCUGUUUGAACUUGGCUGAAAAUGGAAGUAAAGAUGCCCUCUUGGGGGCCCAGAGAUGACAGAUGUGGCUCCCCCUGCUGCCCCCACCCCUUCUCCAGACUGUGGGCGGCUCCCUUCCUGCUUUAGAAUCCCUCAGAUGGAGGAGGCGGUACAGUAGUCACUGUGCCAUCGUGUCUGGCACUGUGCUGGCGUGGUCUGCAGGAUCCCACUUAUGAACUCUCCAGAUUGGGAGCUGUGGCAGGAUAACAGCCCCCAAGACAGCUGUGUCCUAAUCCCCAGAACCUGUGACCACGCUGCCUCAUGUGGCAGAAGGGACUCGGCAGGUGUGAUUGAGCGAAGGAUCUUUUUUUUUUUUUUCUUUGAGAUGAAGUUUCGCUCUUGUUGCCCAGGCUGGAGUUCAAUAGCAUGAUCUCAGCUCACUGCAGCCUCUGCCUCCCAGGUUCAAGUGAUUCUCCCACCUCAGCCUCCCGAGUAGCUGGGAUUACAGGUGUCCAGAACCAUACUGGCUAAUUUUUGUAUUUUUAGUAGAGACAGGGUUUCACCAUGUUGACCAGGCUGGUCUCGAACUCCUGACCUCAGGUGAUCCGACCGCCUCGGCCUCCCAAAGUGCUGGGAUUACAGGUGUGAGCCAUCAUGCCUGGCUGAGUUAAGGAUCUUGCAACAGAGAGAUUAUCCUGGAUUGUCUGGGUGGGCCCAGUCCAUUGGGUGAGUCCUUCAACGGUGGAGACCUUUCCCUGCUGGCCAGAGAGAGGCUGCCUUGCUGGUUUUGGAGAUGGAAGGAGGUACCACUGGUCAAGGAUUGCAAGCAGUCUCUAGAACAGGGAUUCCAACACUCCGGACACAGACCAGGAGUGGUCCAUGGCCUAUUGGGAAGCGGGGUGCACAGCAGGUUAGGGGCCGGCAAGCCAGCGAAGCUUCAUCUGUAUUUGUAGCCACUCCCCGUCGCUGGCGUUACCACCUGAGCUCCGCCUCCUGUCACAUCAGCGGUGGGCAUUAGAUUCUCAUAGGAGCACGAACCCUAUUGUGAACUGCACACACGAGGGAUGUAAGUUGCACGCUCCUUAGGAGAAUCUGGUGCCUGAUGAUCUGUCACUGUCUCCUGUCACCCCCAGAUGGGGCUGUCUAGUUGCAGGAAAACAAGCUCAGGGCUCCCACUGAGUCUCUAGGAUGGUGAGUUGUAGAAUUAUUUAAUUAUGUUACAAUGUAAUAAUAGUAGAGAUAAAGUGCACAAUAAAUGCAAUGCACUUGAAUCAUCCUGAAACCAUCCCUCCCCGACCCCCAUCCAUGGAAAAAUUGUGUUCCGCAAAACCGGUCUCUGGUGCCAAAAGGGUUGGGGACCGCUUCUGGAAAAGCUGGAAAAGGCAAGAAAACGCCUUCUCCCCCGGAGCCUCUGGAAGGAACCAGCACUGUGGGACUAAUUUACAUACUGCAGGGUAAUAAAUUUGUGUUGCUUCGAGCCACUAAA